AUGUCUCGAAAUCGCCCACGGCCGCGUGAUAAUGGACUGGGGAACAACGAAGAGAUGGAGCUCUGGACGCGCAUCUGCCAGGACAUUCGCAAGUCCAAGGACAAGUUCGACCAGCAAGCAUCUCUCUCCGUGCAAAUCAAAACGCUGGUCGACAAGAUCACUCGCGAAGGGAAUAAGCCCACCAUGUCCGAACACGACGAGCUUGACAAGUGGCUACGACAGAGUCAGAAGCUCAGCGAAGAAGAGCGCUCGAUCAUGCAAGAGGAACCCUGCGACGUGAUCAAGAACCUGGAGCUGCUGACCGCGCUGCGGAAAGCCUCCGAAGCAGAGGCUCCAUCCAACCGAUCCGCUGCCCUUUCGAAAUCUCGUAAGAAACGCAGUGAAAUGGAAAGCUCGGCCACUGACUCCGCCAGUGCGUCGGGGGGUGACAAAUCUGGCCGACCCAAGGGCGCCGUACCUCGCAGCAUGAGCGUGUCAAGCAAUCAUACACGCGACGGUCGGAACGACGGAAUCGCGGUGAAAGUCGAAGAGGGCUCCGAGGGGGCAAAGGGCACAAUGGCCGAGCGCAGUGGCUUGCUCGGCGUCGGGGCUUUGGUGGUCUUCAAGCACAGCAAAAACAAGCAGGGUGUAGAGGGCGAGGGGAUACAGUGCAUCAUCAAAAACAUUUCAGGGGACGGGUCGAAGAAAAAGUGGUACGACGUUCAAGACCCCGAGCCGAAUGAAAAUGGCGAAGAGGGAGCGGUCUUCCGGACAACCGCUUCAUCUCUCAUUCCCAUCCCUCAUGCCGGUGCUCCCUUACCCUCGUUUCCUGUCGGCAAGCAGGUUCUUGCACGAUAUCCCGACACAACCACCUUCUAUCGGGCCGAGGUCAUGGGAUCCAAGAAAGACACCUACCGGCUUAAAUUUGAAGGGGAAGAGGAUGAUAAGGAGAUGGAGACCGAGCGCCGCUUUGUCUUGGAAAUUCCAACCAAGUAG